UCUUCAUCAGUAGUAUUACUCUUCUUCAGAUGGGCACUCCGUAAGACGGCUCAAGCUCAUGGUCCUCAGCAUUCACCGGUCACCUCAGGCACUCGCAAGCGCAUCUCAAUCUCGGUCCAUCUGUUCAUCCGUCCAUCCAUCUUUCAGCCUCCGGCUUCAGGUGUUGAUUGAUAUCGAAGAUUAGCCCUACUUCUGAUGGUUUACUGGAAAAACAUCAAAUAGCAUAACAAUAACCGUCUGCAUUAGUAUUUGAUGAUGGCUAUAGUUAUGAGAAAAUCGCGUGCAUUGGAAUGGUAUCGAUGUUGCAGUCUUAGCCAACUAUUGAAUUUACAGAAAAGUUCCCCAAAUCCAACACGCUUAAUUGUUGAAGGAAACUCACAUGCCCAUCACUUCCGCGCUAACAUUCAUACUUGUCGAUUAUUAUCUUCCCCGCCUUCUAGUCAGAUUCAGCACAAAUUCCACAGCGGGUUUCGUUUUAAUUUUCUUGGGACUAGACAUUUCUCUUCUGGAAGAACAGUUCAAGAGCUUUUGGCUGAAGUGGAGAGGGAAAAACAGAAGGAGAAAGAGCAAAGACAAAGAGCUGGCUUGGAUACUUCAUACAUAGAUGCAGAGGAUGAAACAGAUUUUAUGGGUGUUGGACCCUUGAUUGAAAAGCUAGAGAAGCAGAACCUUAAGGACCCUGGAACCCUGCUUAACAUGUAUGAAGAGCCCACUGAUUCCGAGAGUGAAGAUGAUGAGAGAUUCACUUCCGAGGCCAUCCAAAAACGAAAUGAAAUCUUUGAGAAGAAGUACAAGAGACAUGAAGAACUCCUUAGGAACUUCACUGUUGCUGAGACUCUUGAUGAUGCUUACAAAUGGAUGAACAAAAUUGACAAGUUUGAGCAAAAACAUCUCCAACUACGUCCAGAGUACCGUGUGAUUGGAGAGUUGAUGAAUUGUCUUAAAGGAGCCACAGGAAAGAAUAAAUUUCUUCUCCAACAAAAACUGAAUAGGGCCCUAAGAUUAGUGGACUGGAAAGAAGCUUUUGACGCUGGCAAUCCAGAGAACUAUGGGAUUAUUCAAAAGGAACAAGAGGGACCCUCCGCAGACCAUUUUGAACAGACUGAAGAGAAAGAGAUGAUUACUCGAAAUUUGGACGAUGAUGAUGAGGAAGAAUAUGAUGACAUGAAAGAGAAGGAUGAUAUCUUGUUAGAGAAACUUACUGCUAUAGAUAAAAAAUUAGAAGAGAAAUUGGCCGAGCUGGAUCAUACAUUUGGGAAGAAAGGAAAGGUCUUAGAGGAGGAGAUUAGAGAUCUAGCUGAGGAGAGGAACUCCUUGACGGAGAAGAAGAGACAACCACUUUACAGGAAAGGUUUCGACGUGAAACUAAUUAACAUAAAUCGUACUUGUAAAGUAACAAAGGGGGGGCAAGUGGUGAAGUAUACAGCUAUGCUGGCUUGUGGAAAUUAUCAUGGUGUGGUUGGUUAUGCAAAAGCCAAAGGUCCUGCAGUUCCUGUUGCCCUUCAAAAGGCAUAUGAGAAAUGCUUUCAGAAUCUUCAUUAUGUUGAGCGUCAUGAAGAGCAUACGAUAGCACAUGCAAUUCAAACCAAUUAUAAGAAAACAAAGGUGUAUCUUUGGCCUGCUGCUACCACCAAGGGUAUGAAAGCAGGUAGAACUGUCCAGACUAUUUUAAAUUUGGCUGGUUUCAAGAAUGUCAAAUCCAAGGUUGUUGGCUCAAGAAAUCCUCUAAACACUGUUAAAGCACUCUUUAAAGCUCUAAAUGCUAUCGAAACUCCUAAAGACGUUCAAGAGAAAUUUGGCCGAACUGUUGUCGAGUCAUACUUGCUGUGAUAGGUGGAAUAGGUACAUCUCAUUAGCUUCUUCUAUUGACGACGUGCUGAAGGAAGCUUCGGUUUUGUGGGAGCCUUGUUACUACUCUAUCUAAUAAAAUUCUGCUAAUUUUGAUGGGAAUUUUGUGAAAGAGUAUAAAGAAGUGUUAUCUUCUGAUUUGAUCAUCAUCUUAACUGUCACUAGAUAGAGCUCCUAUUUAAACCUAAUGAAUGAUCAAAGAACCAUUAUUUUUUGACACCUGAUUUCAUGAACUGAUUAAUUUUUCUUUUGUUGAUGAA